GCAGAAAUUAAAAAUGUUAACAAUUCUGAUAUUGCUAGCUAUGCUUAAUGUUGUAAAGAAGUGCAAUGCUAAUCGUGAGAAGAUUAAACGUAAAGAUCCGGGUCGAAUUCCUGUUAUUCUUGAGAAGGCACCAAAGUCUCGCUUACAUGAUUUGGAUAAGAAAAAGUAUUUAGUUCCUUCUGAGCUUACUGUUGGACAAUUUUACUUCUUUAUAAAAAAAAGGAUUCAUCUUCGUUCGGAAGGGGCGCUCUUCUUCUUUGUUAACACUCUUAUACCGCAGACAAUGUCCACCAUGGGACAACUUUAUCAGGAUCAUCACAAGGAGGAUUUCUUCCUCUACAUAGCCUAUAGUGAUGAAAACGUUUAUGGGGCUGAUGAUCCUAGUUUAUUAGUUGAGUCUGACGAGGAAAGUAAGUUUAUUAUUUGUAUCAAUUAA